AUGAAGAAGGCCGGUGCAACCAAAGCCGACAUCGCUGGGAUAGGCAUCACCAAUCAGCGGGAGACGACCGUGGCAUGGGACAAGAACACCGGCGAGCCCCUCUGCCGCGCCAUCGUCUGGCUGGAUCUUAGGACCUCCGACACUGCGGCCCAGCUGGAGGCCAAGGGUGGCAAGGACCGCUUCCGCAAGAAGACGGGGCUGCCCAUCUCCACGUACUUCUCGGCCGUGAAGAUGAAGUGGAUGCUGGACAAUGUCCCGGAAGUGCGGAAGGCCGCGGACGAGGGCCGCUGCUGCUUCGGCACCAUCGAGUCCUGGAUCAUCUACAAGCUCACGGGCGGCCCCAACGGCGGUGUCCACGUCACGGACGUGUCCAACGCUUCCAGGUACAUGCUGAUGAACAUCAACACCUGCGCCUGGGACGAGACCGUCUGCCGCGAGCUGGGCAUCCCGACAGCUGCGCUGCCGAGCAUCCGAUCCAACUCGGAGGUCUACGGCAAGGUGUCGAGCGUCCCAGCUCUUGAGGGCCUGGCUAUCUCCGGAGCCCUGGGCGACCAGCACGCGGCUCUGCUCGGACACGGCUGCCUGGACGUCGGCACCUCCAAGAACACCUACGGAACGGGCUGCUUCAUGCUGCUGAACACCGGCGCUGACGCGGUGCCCUCAAAGCAUGGGCUGCUGACGACCAUCGGCUACCAGCUGGGCCCGGAGGAGAAGGUCUCCUACGCCCUGGAAGGCAGUGUGGCCUGCGCGGGCCGCGUGGUGCAGUGGCUCCGAGACAACCUGGGCGUGAUCAGUUCGUCGAAGGACGUGGAGACGCUGGCCGGGAAGGUGGAGGACACCGGCGGGCUCACGUUGGUGCCGGCCUUCUCCGGGCUCUUCGCCCCCCACUGGCGCGACGAUGCACGAGCAGUGGCAGUCGGCAUGACGCUCUUCACCAGCAAGGAGCACAUGUGCCGCGCCGCUCUGGAGUCCACCGCCUUCCAAGCCGUGGACAUCAUGGAGGCCAUGAAGCAGGACACCGGGCUCCGCAUCCUUGACAUGCGCGUGGACGGCGGGAUGACGGUGAACAACCUGCUCAUGCAGAUGCAGGCAGACGUCCUUGGCAUGAAUGUGCUGCGCUCAAAGCUGGCAGAGGCCACAGCGCUGGGGGCGGCCCUGGCAGCGGGUCUCAGUGUCGGCUUCUACGAGAAGAAGGAGGUUGUGAAAGACAUGGUCGAGAAGGCCGGCGGCUACGAGGUCUUUAAAGCCUCGACCACGCCAGCGGCCCGAAGGAAGAUGAUGCAGCGGUGGAAGGAUGCCGUUGAGAGGUCCUUUGACCUCGCCAAGUUCGACCCCCAGCGGCCGGAGCAGGCGAAGCCGGCAGUCUUGAAGAAGCCGAAGUUCGUCAAGGUGUCCUCCAUCAAGCCGGAGCAGAAGGGCCUGAACCUCCAGCUGAAGGUGGUGAAGCUUCCGGAGGAAGUCAGCAACGACGGCUACCACGACGUGGUCUGCGGCGAUGACAGUGGUGUGGUGACCUGCCACCUUACCCCGCAGCAGUUCCUGCCCUGCGAGGCCGGAACAUGCAUCCGAGUGCAGAACGCCCGGGUAAAGAUGAAAGGCGGCUACAUCCGCGUCGAGGUGGACAAGUGGGGCAAGGUGUCUCAGGGCGAGCCCUCCACAGAGAUUCCGGAGGUGAACCUGCAGAACGACGUCUCGGCGGUUGAGUAUGAGCUUCGAGGGUAG